GGCGGGCCUUGUGCCGGGGCGGGCGGGCGGAGAGGCGCGGCGCGGAGUCCCGUUAGAAACGGCGCGGAGCCCGCGGAGAGCCCCAGCGGCGCAGGAGGAAGGAGUUGCCGUGCACAGUCCGCCGGGAAGAUGCCGAAAACGAUCAGUGUGCGAGUUACCACCAUGGAUGCUGAGCUGGAGUUUGCCAUCCAGCCCAACACUACAGGGAAACAACUCUUUGAUCAGGUCGUCAAGACGAUUGGUCUGAGAGAGGUGUGGUUUUUUGGACUUCAGUAUCAGGACACCAAAGGCUUCUCAACAUGGCUGAAACUGAACAAAAAGGUAACAGCACAGGAUGUACGCAAAGAAAGUCCCCUGCUUUUCAAAUUCCGUGCCAAGUUCUACCCAGAGGAUGUGGCAGAAGAGCUGAUCCAGGACAUCACCCAGCGCCUUUUCUUCCUCCAAGUGAAGGAAGCAAUUUUGAAUGAUGACAUUUAUUGCCCUCCAGAAACAGCCGUCCUUCUGGCUUCUUACGCAGUCCAGUCAAAAUAUGGAGACUUCAACAAAGAGGUGCACAAGACUGGCUACCUUGCUAGUGACAAACUUCUCCCACAGAGAGUUCUGGAGCAGCACAAGCUUAACAAGGACCAGUGGGAGGAGAGGAUCCAAGUGUGGCAUGAGGAACAUCGAGGAAUGAUUAGAGAAGAUGCAGUCUUGGAGUACCUGAAAAUUGCACAGGAUCUGGAAAUGUAUGGUGUGAACUACUUCAGCAUUAAGAACAAGAAGGGCUCUGAACUGUGGCUAGGUGUAGAUGCUCUUGGACUCAACAUUUAUGAGCAGAAUGACAGGCUAACGCCAAAAAUUGGAUUCCCUUGGAGUGAGAUCAGAAAUAUCUCAUUCAAUGACAAGAAAUUCGUUAUCAAGCCUAUUGACAAGAAAGCACCAGACUUUGUAUUCUAUGCCCCUCGGUUACGGAUUAACAAACGAAUCCUGGCACUUUGCAUGGGAAACCAUGAGCUCUACAUGCGCAGGCGUAAACCAGAUACCAUUGAGGUGCAGCAGAUGAAAGCACAGGCUCGGGAAGAGAAGCAUCAGAAACAGAUGGAGAGAGCACUGUUGGAGAAUGAGAAGAAGAAGAGGGAGUUGGCAGAAAAGGAGAAGGAGAAGAUAGAGCGUGAAAAGGAGGAGCUGAUGGAGAGACUCAAGCAAAUUGAGGAGCAAACCAAGAAAGCUCAGCAAGAACUGGAAGAACAGACCCGCAGAGCUAUGGAGCUGGAACAGGAGAGAAAACGAGCUCAGGAGGAAGCAGAGAAACUGGCUAAAGAACGUAGAGAAGCAGAAGAGGCAAAGGAAGCCCUAUUGAAAGCAUCCCAUGAUCAACAGAAGACCCAGGAACAGCUGGCUGCUGAGAUGGCAGAACUCACAGCUAGGAUCACGCAUCUGGAGAUGGCCAGGCAGAAGAAAGAGAGUGAGGCCCAGGAGUGGCAACAGAAGGCACAAAUGGUGCAGGAGGACCUAGAAAAGACCAAAGAGGAGUUAAAGACUGCUAUGAGCACCCCUCAUGUCACUGAGCCCAUGCACUCUGAGAACGAGCAUGAUGAUGAGCAGGAUGAGAACGCAGCAGAAGCCAGUGCCGAGCUGCGGUCAGAGGCCACCAUCAAGGACCGCAGCGAGGAGGAGCGCACCACCGAAGCUGAGAAGAAUGAACGGGUCCAGAAACACUUGAAGGCUCUUUCCUCAGAGCUGGCAAAUGCUCGGGAUGAAACUAAGAAGACCGCCAAUGACAUGAUCCAUGCUGAGAACAUGCGUCUAGGCCGCGACAAGUACAAGACCCUCCGUCAGAUCCGGCAGGGCAACACCAAGCAGCGCAUUGAUGAGUUUGAGUCCAUGUAAACUCUCCCCUGCACCUGCUACCCUGCACUCUCUUCUCCCCUCUUUCCCAUCCUCUCCCAUCAAUUCACUCAUAAUCGUGCUACGCUGGAACCACUACAGAAGAGUGACCAUGGUCUUAUGUAUCAAAUUUUGGGCAAAUGCCGGAGUUAAGCAACAGAAGAAAGAAUAGUACGUACUUUUUUCCUGGGGUGGCUUGGGAAAGCAAAUAUGAAUUGGGGCAAAUCUGAAAUUGCUUGGCUUUGGGUAAAGUCUCACUACGUUUAGUUUUGUGUUGCUUACUGAAGUGGCUGUGUUGCUGUCCUCUCCUGUUUGGUGGGGAUGCUAGCAGAUACUUCUACUGAAUUAUGUAAAGUGCUAACAGUUUGACACUGUGCCUUCCUACUAAUUUGUACAAGCUUCAGUAUUAAGCUUAGUAGCCGGCAUCUGGAUUUCUGAAUCAGGUAGUUGAGAAAGGGAGGCUGGAGCUUAGAACAAGGGUUGGAGGUAGAAUAUGGGCUUUUAUUUCUAAAAGACCAAAGCUUUUUUCCUUCAAACAUAAGCAAACCAAACAAGAUUCUAUGGUGUUCUUGCUGGUUUAACCUUUUGUUGUUUAAUGAUAAAACUGAAUUUCCUAAUCAUGAAGAGGCCUUGGGAAUCUUCCUACUGAUGCAGAGUGGUUUGGAGCCUCAACUUCCCCACUUUUCAGUUUUGUCUCUGGUAAAUGGCUUUGUUUACUGUCAGUGGACUGACUUGAAUGUAAGCAGUGAGGCAGAGAUAGCUAAAGAACACUGCCUUCCUUUUUUGGUUUGCUAAUGGAAACCUAGAGGGGAAAGUAGAAAUGUUGAAAGACUAAAAAUUCUUAUACCUUCCCUUCCUGAACCAGUGUAUUUCUAGUUGUAUGAAUAUGAUUUCAGGUUUUUCUUCAAGAGGCCUUUUUAGCACAUGGUCAUUGGUGCCUUAUGACUGUACAGAUCUACUGUAGCUCAGAUGUCUUUAUACUAGAUGCAAUCAUUAAAAAGUGGUCAGCAUCUGGGGACCAAAAACUGCUCUUGUAUUUGCAUCAUGUACAAGACUUCAUCUGUCUUCCUGGCUUCAACCAGCCUUUAAGGGGAGAGGAUCAUGAGAGAUUUGUCCAAUUGCUGCCUUAAUCCUCAAUAACGUUCUGCCAGAUCCCUGGCUCAUGUGCUUUUCCUCCCCCAGAAGGAUGCUUUGCCCCUUUGUAGCUUAGAGAGCACAGAGCUCUGUCUCUUACAAGUGGGGCAGUCGCAGUUGUGAGACUAGUCCUGAGGGCUGUUUGUACCACUUGUUGUAAUAACCAUCGCCUCCUGUCUUCCAAGCUACCCAUGCUGUAGCUACCCAGACUCCUUCUUGCUAUUUCUUGGGAGGAAACAGCCAUAUGUGCUCAGGGUUGAAUGGGAUUUUGCCUUGAUCUUUCAGGGAAGGAAACAUUAGCAUUCAAAUGCUAACUCAAAUAGCCUUUUAAAAAUGGAUUCCGCCUGCAAUGGAGUCCUCUGCUUUGCCCUCCUUGGAUUAGCCUGUCCCUACAGGAAGUCAUCAGGCUAGUCUGUGAUUUAUUUUCUUGCCUACUGUGAUCCUAAACCUUGUGACUUGCUCAGUUUUGUGGAUUCCCCCUUUGCAUGGUGUCAUGUUAAUGGUGGUAGAAGGAAACCAUCUGAAUACUAGAGCAUUUUCAUCUCCCUGCUUGAUGAAAAAGGUAAAGGGGGACUGUGCCAAAAAUAAAUGUGUGUGAUAGUGUUAACAACUUGCAGUAUUUCCUUAAGAAUUCCUUGGGUUGCUGGAAACAACCUUACCAAUGCUGUAUUUUUUAAUUAUUUUUUUUAAGCAAUGAGUCUGUGUGGAGAUCCACACAAGUACCAUCCAACCCCUGUUAGGAGCAUAGCUUAGCAUGCUGCUUCUGAACAUACAGAUAAGUCAUGUGGGAGCCCCUUUUCUCCUCUGGACACAGCAUGCUUCUGGGGGACACACAACAUGGUGAGCUCUUUGUUGGCCAAACCCACACACUUCAGUCUUUUUGAAAGUCGCUAAUGAAAGAUUACAGAUAAAUUGGUCAGGACUGAUUUGGAUAUUUCUGUAUUGAAGGGUUGUUGGCACUGGCUCCACAUGAGCCUCGUUACUGAGGCAACAGACAGCCUUUACACUUCUGUUUUGGUGCUUUAAAGCUGGUUCUCAGCACUUCUGCUCUGACUGUGGCAACUAGUGAUGCAUUUUGGGGGAGAACAGCCCUUAUUACACUUCAACAAUUUCCUAACAAGCUGAUGUAUGGUGCCUGGAAUAUCUGUUCAAAUAAUAAAACAAGUAAGCCUUUUUGCGUUGAUGGGUCACACAACACUGCUGAACUUGUGUAUUGUGAUGCUGGCAUGACUUCUGUUUCUAGGUUUGCUUUUUUUUAUCGUUCUAAUUCCAAAUGGUCCAAUAUAGGAAUGGAACGGCUUGUGCCAGUGAGUCUACCCAGCUCUUUGUAGUUGUUUCAGCCCUGCCUUCUUCUUAACCAGUAUUAUAUUCCAGUGGUAUCUAAUGAUAUUUGAUUUCAAUACUUCUAGCUAUGCACAAUUAGAAAAUAUUAGUGAUGGGAUGGUGGAUGUGUUUAUGGUCCUCCUUCCCUUGGAAAUGUAUACUGUAUUGUAAAGAAAUGAUAUUUUGCAAGAAAACUAAUGUAAGAAGCUUUCAGUAUUACAGUGAGAUUUGUAGACAUGUUUUUUAUUUGUUAGAAUACAGUGAAUUGUUUUUCUUCCUCUCCAUGUUCCAGUUCAAUUGGAUAACUACUCCUCUGGGGAGGGAAGUACUUUAUAAAAUGUUUGCCUGGCUUGUUUUUUUCUUGUUUUAUUUUUUGUUGCUGUAAAUUAUGUUGAGGUUUUUGACCAGUCUUUUUACUGGAUUAUAAUAGAACAUCAUUUCCAUAAGGUUGUGGAGAAAUUCAUGGGUCCAUGUACUUAUCUGCAGAGAAAACCUGGAUAUUAAAGCUUUUUUGUUUUUUCCUGUUUGGAGGAGUUGUUAAAAUCCAUACCUUGUCCUUCCUAAAGUGCCAAUAAAGUUCACAGAAAUUCA